AUGAUAGGGACCAAAGAGCGACCUGGACUGAUGAGCCUCCUCACCCAAAGUCUAUACCAGAAAAUCAGCCUCGAUCAGUACCAAGUGCAAUUAUCGUAUCUGGAAAUCUAUAAUGAAGUGAUACGAGAUCUGCUAAGCCCAAAUGGUGGAGUGCUGGAUUUGCUGGAAGACGACAAAGGAAACAUAAGAGUUCCAGGAUUGUCCACAGUUCGAGCACCAAACCUUACAAGGAUCAUGCAAAUUCUUCAAGAAGGAAAUCUGAGGCGAACGCAAGAGGCCACGGAAGCGAAUAAGACGUCGUCAAGGAGUCAUGCACUGCUUCAGGUUGCACUGCUGAAGAACAAUCGGCCUUAUGCGAAGCUUUUCUUGAUAGACUUAGCAGGAUCCGAACGGGCAUCAAAUACGAACAAUCGCGGGCAACGUCUCAAAGAAGGUGCAGCCAUCAACAGAUCUUUACUUGCACUCGGAAACGUAAUUAAUUCACUCUCAUCAAAUAUAAAAGGGCGAUAUGUGAAUUACCGCGAUAGCAAACUGACACGACUCCUGAAGGAUUCUCUAGGUGGGAAUGCCCGAACGUGUAUGAUCGCGCAUGUAACGGCCGCCAGCGGACACUUCGAAGAGACAUACAAUACCCUCGUUUACGCCUCCAGAGCCAAAAACAUAACAAAUAGGGUAACAAGGAACCGACCAGCGUCGGCUGAUCAACCGUACACCGACGCGAUGAAGGAAGUACGCGAGGAAUACGAGCGUAGAACAAUGCAACACGCCGCAUCUACAAAUCAGAUUGAUAAAGCUUCUUCGUCAACAAACGAUCGAUACCGCUACAGUGUUAGAUGGAAUGGGAGUACAACUACAACCAACGGCACUGCAAAGGCUGAGAAACGCGAUUUUUCUUCUCUGUUCAAUCAACUGAAGGAGCAGGAGCGCCUGAUGAAAGCCAAUCAAGACGCUUACGAAGUGGAGAUGAGUCGCACAUCGAAAUUAGCCAUAAUACAUGCCUGGGAGAAGCACAAUCAAGAAGAAAAGGCUGCAGAGAGUAUAAAUCGCCUGAAGCAGGAUGUCACUGAAUUGGAUGAGCAAUUGAAUAGUAUGGUGGAAGUGCGACAAAAACUCGAACGAGCCCUACGUAAAGGGAGAGAAACAGCGAAAGCUGUUGAAACGCGGUUACGAUCGCUCGCAAAUUCCAAGGAGCAGAAUGAAUUAAUCGACCUCAUAGUUCGAAUGGAUAAUAUUCAAGCUGAAAGGAUAUCGGCUGUCAAUGAUCUCGCAAUCCAGUCACUUAUCAUGGAAAAAACUGACAAUACAAUGUCCAAGCUGUCAAAAUAUGAGAUGCUCGCGGAAAAGCUCAUCGAAGGACGAAUAGACGAUAAAGACCGUGAGCGACUGGAGCAGGAGUACAGAAUAGUGAAGAAUCAGUUCCAUUACCAUUUGAUUCCUUUGAAAAAUAUUCAUAGCGUGGUUUCCUGGAACUCAAUGCUUCUCCCAAAGCUGAAUUCUUCACUUUCAUCGUGA